UUAACUCCAGCAGUCGAGCUUUGGUUGGCAACGCCAUAACUAGUGACGAUAGCAAGCAAAAUGAAAACAUCAAACGCUGUUAUUGUUGCUGCUCUUGUUAUUGUUGGUCCGCCGUUUGACAAAUGAAAUACAUAAAUAGACAGCUGUAGUUAGUUUUUUGAUAAGUCUAGCAGCAGCAGCAGUAACCAUCGUCCAUUGGUCAGAGCAGUGCGAGGGAUAAAAACAAAGCAAAGCAAAGCAGUGCAGUGCAGCAGCGACAGCGGCGACAGCAGCAGCAGCGCUCAAUUCCCGGACGCAGUAAAAGUUCUUUGUCUGCGCGACGAGGCAGAAGCAGCGACGCUGACUGCGACAGCUCGUACGUGCGUCGCUGUUAAAUUUGCAGUUGUUUGUUGACAUCGAACGGGCGCGACGGUUGAACGCUGUUAUAGUUGGAGUUGGUGUGCGAAUGUGUGUACGCGUCUGCAUGUGUGUCUGCGUCUGUGCCUGUAUAUGUGUGUGCGAGUCGAGAAAUGCAAGUGCAACUAAACAAAGCAACAGCUUACUACGCGCCAUAACAACAUCAGGAGCCUCACAGUCAUUCAAACUAGGCAGUGCAACGCGGACGUGAGCUUCUUAAGUCGCGAACGUAAACAAAAGAAAGCUGGCAAAUUUACUGCUGCUGCUGCUGAUGGUGAUGCUGUUGCUGCUGCAAUUGCAACACGCAACGAAUUGACAUGCACUAAAAAGGAAGACAAACUCAACGAGGGCAGCUAAGAAACCGUUACAAGGAUUUUAAAUAUAAUUUAAAAACAAAAAUAAGCUAAAAAUGUCAUCUGUGAAUGUGAACCAAAAGGAGAGUCCCAGUCGCGAUUCGACGGCCUCAACAUCGGGCCACAUAUCGAUGAUAGCCGAAAAUACGUUGGAAUCACUGUCGAGAGACUAUAGCCUGGUCAGCCUUAAUUCAGCUGGCAGCCAGGACGAGUUCUUUCGCUGCCGCGAUCACGCGGACAGCGUACUGAAGCGCAUGCAGCUGUAUGUAGACAGCCAGCAGCUGUGCGAUGUGGUGCUCAUCGCUGGCAUCGAUGGCAAACGAGUGCCUGCUCACCGCUUGGUGCUAUCUGCUUCGAGCUCAUAUUUUUCAGCAAUGUUUACGGGAUCGCUGCGCGAGACCACGGAGCACGACGUUACCCUAGGCGAGGUGCAUGGCGAUGCACUGCAGCUGCUUGUACAGUAUUGCUAUACGGGGUAUAUUGAGCUGCGCGAGGACACGGUGGAAACGCUGCUGGCGACGGCCUGUCUGCUGCAGCUGAACUCUGUGGUCACAGCCUGUUGCAAUUUUUUGGCCCGCCAGCUGCAUCCAUCCAACUGCCUGGGCUUUGCGUUCUUUGCCGAACAGCAAAGCUGUACGACUCUGUUACGGCUGGCGCAGGCAUACACCUGCCAGUAUUUUAUGCAGGUGUGCCAAAAUCAGGAGUUCUUCCAGCUCAACGCCGAUCAACUGGGCAAGCUGCUGUGCAGCAAUGAUCUCAAUGUGCCCUCUGAGCAAGAUGUCUUCCACAGUCUGAUGUCGUGGGUGCGCCACGAUGCGCCCAAUCGGGAGCAGCACAUUGGCGAGCUGUUGGCUCUGGUGCGGCUGCCAUUGCUGACGCCGGUCUUCAUAAUGGAUCACGUGGAGAACGUAUGUACCACCAAUGAGUGCCAACAGCUUGUGAUGGAGGCCUUAAAAUGGCACCUAAUGCCAGAGCGUCGCUCACGCAUUGCCACCGAACGCACAACGCCCCGCAAAUCGACAGUCGGUCGACUCCUGGCUGUGGGUGGCAUGGAUGCGCACAAGGGCGCCAUCACAAUUGAAAGUUACUGCCCGCGUCUAGACAAGUGGACGCCGUGGAAGCACAUGACCGGUCGACGUUUGCAAUUCGGCGCUGCUGUCAUGGAGGACAAACUAAUUCUGGUGGGCGGACGCGAUGGUCUGAAGACCUUGAAUACCGUGGAGAGCCUCGACUUGAAUACGAUGGCCUGGGUGCCACUCAAUCCAAUGGCAACGCCACGUCAUGGGCUGGGUGUCGCUGUGCUAGAGGGUCCGCUCUAUGCGGUCGGAGGUCACGAUGGCUGGAGCUAUCUGAAUACGGUUGAACGCUGGGAUCCGAGCGCCCGCACCUGGAGCUAUGUGGCGCCCAUGUCAUCGAUGCGUUCAACGGCCGGUGUUGCGGUGCUAGGCGGUCGUCUCUAUGCAGUAGGUGGGCGGGAUGGAUCCGUUUGCCAUCGCUCCAUCGAAUGCUAUGAUCCGCACACAAACAAGUGGACCCUACUCGCCCCAAUGAAUCGACGACGCGGUGGCGUUGGCGUGACUGUCGCAAAUGGUUUUCUCUAUGCUCUCGGAGGUCACGAUUGCCCGGCUAGCAAUCCCAUGGUCUGUCGCACCGAAACCGUUGAACGUUACGAUCCGGCUAACGAUACUUGGACUCUGAUUUGUUCGCUGGCUCUGGGACGCGAUGCGAUUGGCUGUGCUUUGCUUGGCGAUCGUUUAAUUGUUGUCGGCGGCUACGAUGGCAAUCAUGCAUUGAAGAGCGUCGAGGAAUACGAUCCGGUGCGCAAUGGCUGGAAUGAGCUGGCGCCCAUGUCGUUUCCACGUGCUGGCGCUUGUGUUGUUGCCAUACCGAAUGUUAUACCGGCAGCCGUUCCACAGCCGCCGGCCAGUGCACCAUGAUACGAAUUAGAAAAAAAGACAAUGCUCAAGCGCCUGCCUGCCCAGUGACCAGUAACCAGUGGAAAGAAACAAAAAAAUGCAUGCUGCAAGGCUUUCAAAACGCAUUCCCAACUAAAUCGAUUUCUAUUUACAUGUAUAUAUAGAUAUUAUUUACACUUAUCUAUAUUAAUGUAUUCUGAUAUUAUUUUGCUUUAUGUAAUCUCAACACAUAUUCCUGUUAUGUAUGUAUGUAACUUUCAUUGUCUAUCCGGUCGUAAGCUUCAUAUGCAUGCAUGCAUGCAUGCACAUGCAUGUUUUACCUGGUGACAGUUCCAUCAGAUACACACAUAUAUAUAUUUAUAUAUAUUAAUAUAUUCAAACAUACAUACAUACACAUACAUAUAUAAGACUGCGCCAGCCAAAUGGCCUAAACGUAUUUGAUAUACCUACAGAAAUACGUAUAUUUAUAUAUAUAUGCAUGCAUGUGGAGUAUACGACAAAUUA